AUGGCGGCCGUUUCUACUAGGGCCUAUCUUCCUCUCGAAGAUGGCGUGGAUCCCCUCGAUUACAUGCCCUCCCACUCCCAUGUUUUCCUUCCCGUGUUCUCCCAGCGCACGGGGAAUGUCAUCCCUCAGAUAUUCGGUGGCUAUGAUGACACACUGAGCUAUCCGGAAGCAUCAAAGUACUACGUGCUCUUCACUACUGUGGUUAUGGAAGAUUGUGGGCGAUAUUGGGAUCAGAGCGAGGAUGAAGAAGUGCUGUUGAAUUUGUCCACCAAAGACAAAUUGCCCGAGACUUACCUCAACAAGUUUGCACAGUUCGCGUACAGUGAAGCGGGCCAGCCUUUACCUCACGAAUUUGUCACCUUUGUCAAAUCGUUCAACGCACUGGCCGGCUUCCGCCAAGCUCUGUGUCUUGAUCCCUUCCCAGAGGCCAUCAUCGACGCUUUCACCAAGCUGCACGAAUGCGGUAUUGUCCACCAAGGGUGUACCUGGCCAAGGCAUGUUGCAAAGCACCCUAUCGAUGGUGCUCCUCGCAUCCUCGACUUUGAGGCUGCAGAGUACGUUGGCCUCGAGAAGCGAGACAGUCGACGUGCGGACUUCAACAAGGAGAUGCUGGCUGUGUGGAGGAUGGUAGGCGAGGAUGUGAAGGGACAGGAUGGGACGGAGAGACUAUGA